CUUCUUCCACAAUCCACAAUAGAGUGAGGCCCCUAUGUUUUUCACUCACAGCACAGAACAUGAAACACUCCUUCCUUGUCCAAAAAGCACCCGAAGAUUCAUAUUUGAAUAAAAAGGUACAUCCUAAAAUCAAAAACACAAACUCCUCUCAUUUUCUUCUUCUCUCUCUCAGUUUUAUUCCUUCCCUCCCUCGCCAAUUUCCCCUUUCCCUCCUCAGAGUCCUCUGUUCCUCUCCUCCCCUUCUCCAAAAUUCAAAACCCUAAUUCUCUCUCUCUCUCUCUCUCUCAAAGGGUGCAUUGAGAGUUGAGAGUUCUCUUUUCGCUCCACAACCGAAAAAAGGAAAAGAAAAAAAAAAGGAAAAAAACCCCAAACAAUGAACAAGAAUCUCUCCUAGGGCUUAAUCCAUUGAAAAGUCAAAACCCCUUUUGCCCAAUCCAAAACCAAACCAGAUGAUCUGAAAAAGUUCACAUUUUUCUUUUUCACCUAAACCUGUUGACUCUCUUCAUUGGUUAUACAAACACUACCAAUGUCGGAUGAUAUGCUCAUACAUUUCUCCUCCAACUCCUCAAACCAGUCGGACCAGUCUCUGCCCACCAAGAUUGCCAAGCUCGAAGCUCGUAUGGUCGGCAAGGCUUCCUCUGCCUCUUCCGCCCCUCCUGCUCAGCAGCAGCUUCAACAGCAACACCAGCAGCAGCCGCAGCAGUCUGCUUGGUCAUCCCUCUCGGCUGCUCCAAAAUUCGCUACGGCAGACUUGGCCGAGCCAUCUACAUCGAGUGAUUCCGAUGACGAUAAUGGAGGGGAGUUUCUGAUACAAGCCAACACUCAGAAGCGCCAGAAACUUCAAGAAGAUGGUAAUUCAACUGUCCUUGAACAUGCUGAGGCAGUGGCUGAUGGGAGGCAAAUGGUUGUGGAAAGCAUUGAUACCAAGGCAACUUCUGAUGUAAAUAGAAAAAAGCAUGGUCGUGGUAGGGGGCAUUCUGUAUCAGGUCGGGGUCGUGGUUCAAGAGUUAGUGAUCAAACAAGAUUGCUAACUUCGACAGUUUCACCUCCAAAUGGUCAGCUUGAGAAUCCAUACAAUAAGGAUAGUAGGCCUAAUGAGCAGCUUCGGAAUGACAACAACCGGUCUUCAUUAGAUGAGGAGGUUGCAUCUUUACGUGCUACAGUUUCUGCGCUAGAGGAGGACUUGCGUAAAUCACGUCAAGAGGCCUCUGAUUACCAGAAUCUUUGCCGCCAAGUAGAGAAGGAAUUGAAUGAACUAAAAGAUAAUGAACAGCAAAUGAAGCCUAAGAGAACAAAAGUAAUCUCUGAUCUGCUGAUAUCUGUUUCAAAAGCAGAAAGGCAGGAAGCAAGGUUGAAAGUACGACAGGACUCUUUGAGGCUUGGAAAUGUGGGUGUAAUCAGAGCUGGAACUGUCAUAUCUGAGACAUGGGAAGAUGGGCAGGCCUUGAAAGAUCUCAAUGCUCAUCUUAGACAAUUAUUAGAAACUAAGGAGGCUGUUGAGCGGCAGCGGAAGUCAUUGAAGAAAAGGCAAAGUGACAAGGGAGAUGGAGUUGAUGCUGAAACUGGAGUACAAGAAGAAUUUCUAGUCCAGGAUGAGAUCUAUAAAUCCCGUCUAGCCAGCAUCAAACGAGAGGAGGAAGUUCUCCUGCGUGAAAGAGACCGCUACGAACUGGAGAAAGGAAGGCUUAUACGUGAAAUGAAACGCAUACGAGAUGAGGAUGGUUCCCGUUUUAACAAUUUUCAGAUUCUCAACCACAGAUUUGCGCUCUUAAAUCUUCUCGGCAAAGGAGGAUUCAGUGAAGUUUACAAGGCAUUUGACUUGGUAGAGCAUAGGUACGUUGCAUGUAAACUUCAUGGUUUAAAUGCUCAGUGGAGUGAAGAGAAGAAGCAGAGUUACAUACGGCAUGCAAUCCGGGAGUACAAUAUUCACAAGACCUUGGUGCAUCAUCACAUUGUCCGGCUUUGGGACAUUUUUGAGAUUGAUCAGAAUACAUUCUGCACUGUAUUAGAGUAUUGCAGUGGGAAAGAUCUUGAUGCUGUCCUUAAAGCAACACCUGUGUUGCCUGAGAGGGAAGCUAGGAUCAUCAUCUUUCAGAUAUUUCAAGGUCUUAUAUACUUGAACAAAAGAACGCAGAAGAUUAUACAUUAUGAUUUGAAGCCUGGAAAUGUUCUAUUCGAUGAACUUGGGGUUGCAAAAGUGACUGAUUUUGGUCUUAGCAAGAUAGUGGAGAAUGAUGUUGGAUCCCAGGGUAUGGAACUUACAUCCCAGGGUGCUGGAACUUAUUGGUAUUUACCUCCUGAAUGCUUCGAGCUCAGCAAGACCCCUCUUAUAUCAUCAAAGGUUGAUGUUUGGUCAGCAGGUAUUCUAGUAUACCAAAUGCUAUUUGGCAGACGCCCUUUUGGGCAUGAUCAAACCCAGGAACGAAUACUACGGGAGGACACAAUUAUUAAAGCACGAAAAGUUGAAUUUCCUUCUAGACCUGCCAUCUCAAAUGAGGCAAAGGAUUUUAUUCGACGCUGUCUAACAUAUAAUCAAACAGAGAGGCCAGAUGUUUUAGCAAUUGCUCAAGAUCCAUUUCUCACAUACUCUAAGAAGUAAAUAGGAGGACCCAAGGGCUAGCUCCCACAAAAUUUUGCUUGUUUUCCUGCAAUACCCACAAUGGAUUUUGUACAGCUUGUAAAGGUUUGUUACUCAUUGUAGCUGUGGUGUACUCCCCUCUUCGGGUCUUCAGGUCUUGUAUUUUGACCUCAUGCUUGGGUAGGGUGCAGGAAAAAAGUGUGUAAUUUUGGCUGUUUGCCUAUUAACUUUUUUUUUCUUUUUUUGGUUCUUUCAGCAUGGUUAUGUGUCUGAUUUAUCCUUUUUCCAUCAUGUAUUGGCACUAUACUUUUUGAAAAAAAAAAUAGCGAAAAGAAUAGAGUUUACAUGGAAAGGACUUUGAAGCUUCGUUAACUCUUC